AUGUCGCGCCCGCUGCCGCUGCCGCUUGCCAAGCAAGCUGCAGCUGCAACCGAAGAGUUGCCCAAACAAGAGGAGGGGGAUACAACCGAUCCAGAUGCCACAAGCGAGUCAGAGAAUCAGGUGCAGGAAAGCCUGUCCAGCAACGAGAACUCCGACAAGGAAGCACAGGAGACACAACUUCCACCCAUGGAUGAGGAUGUUUUAUCCUCAGCCGAACCGUCCUCGUCGCUUGUGUCUCUGCUCCCACGGCCAAAGAAGGAGCUCCUGGAUCCGGGAAAGGAGAGUCAAAUUGAGAUAGACUUUGCUACUGCCGGUAAGCCAAGGGAGAAACCUCAUGCAAUGGGGGAUGCGAAUGCGUGGGUCGUCCGUGCAGUUCACGUCCCGGAAAUCACGGAAGCAGAGGAAGCUCCUUCGGCAAGAUUGCUCAAGCAUCCGCUGCUUCGGACGCUACAAGCUAGCCCUGCAGGCCCAUCACAGGCAGACGUCGACCACCUGACGUCCUCUUCUGCCAAGGUGUUGCACAUAUCGGCGGACAGCAUGAAGGACCCAGAUUGGCACAUGAACAACCUACUCAGCGGCCAGCCUGGCCUUCUUCGAGCUAGCAGAGUACCCUCCGAGAUCAGCCAAUACGACCAGCAGAGAUGGCAGAGCACGACCAUGUCGAACCCUUCCAAGACACAGAAGAGGAAGCAUCACAUCAACUGGCUCGCCCACGAAGCAAUCGAGAAGGAACAAGAAGACUUGGAUCGAGCAGCUGGCGGCAGGUUGUUCAAGGCACAGACACGGUCGAGAUAUGGCUGGUGA